AGAGAGAGAGAGAGAGAGAGGGAUGAACAUGGCGUGUUGAAGUUGCAACUGCAGCUCAAAUUUCAAUUCCUCCCCCGAAAACGCAGCCACACACUUGAACAAAUCUUGCGAGAAAGCGAGAGCCCUUCAUUGAUCUCUCUUCUGUCAUUUGGAGUCCCUCCUCUUUUUUUUCCUUCCUCUGUGAGUGUGAAUUCUUUUGUCCUUAUUUUUCUGACGCCAUUUCUGUUUGAUCGGGGGGAUGAGCUCAUCGAACGAGGCUUGAGGCGCAUUCCCUUUUCGGCUGAUGUCCUUUUGAUAAUCUUUUUGUUUAUUUCUGGGGCUUUCCCUAUUGUAUUUCACCUUUUUUCUCUCUCGUUUCGCUUUCCACGUCCCGUCGCUGAUUCAGAGCGAGCGGCAGAGAGAUUGAUAAGUCUCUGUGCAUGCAUGAAUUCAGGAGUUGGGCAUUCAAUCGGUCUCCGCAAAAAGCCUGCGCCAGUUUCCUGAGUGUGCAUAACAAUGGGGAGGAUUCAAGAAUGGGUAUUUUGCCCCAGGAGUGGGCAAACAAUGGUCUUUUUGCUUUUGCUCUUUCUGUGGGGUUCGAACCAAGUCACCUGUGUGGCUGAAGGUAGAGUCAUCUCCUCCAAGCUGACGAGGGAAGAGGAUGAACAAGAGAAGGCGAUGUUGAUGAAGAGAAUGAGGUCGCUAAUAGGGUCGAGGCCUCCGACGUGCAAGGGGAAGUGCAGCUCCUGCGGGCACUGUGAGGCCGUGCAAGUCCCCUUUGUUCCCCAACAAGUCCACGGCCCGAGAAGAGUCAGGAGUGCUCGUAGCCAUAUUGCUUCUGCAUCCACCAGGGCCACGACUGCUUACUACUCGAGAGGCGAUGACAUCUCCAACUACAAGCCCAUGGCCUGGAAGUGCAAAUGCGGAGACAUGCUUUUCAACCCUUGAUCUAGAAACGCGCUCACCAUCUUCAUCUCACAGAGAUCAGGAGUAUUAUAUUUAAUUUGCCCUUUUAUGUACAACCCUUCUUUCUUAUUCUCUUUUUUGGCCGUUCCCUCCAAUUUUUGUCUUAUCAUGUGGCUUACGUAAAGCUUUUUAUCCUUCUCGCGU